AUGAUUUCUACAAGGACUAUGGACAAAAUUGCGAAGUACAUCCAUACUUCUGGUCUCCUGAACACGAUAAAGUCUAACUCGCUUAAUAGAUUGCGGGAGAAUGGCGUGUUUGCUGACUUUGAAUUCACUUGUGAUGGGCAUACUAUACCGGUUCAUAGGGUGAUCGUUUGCAGUCAAUCCCCGGUGUUUCACGCGGCAUGCAUUGGGAAAUUCAAGGAGGCAUCUACCCGAACGUAUAGCCUAGACUCUCAUUCCCUGCCAAUGGUACGACGGAUGGUGGACUUCUUCUACACCGGUGACUAUACUGGAGAAUCUGAGGAAGACAACACAAGCGAAGACGCGAUUCCCAUUCUGUCGAUUCAUGCAACAAUGUUUGCUUUGGCAGACAAGUACAACAUGGAAGAAUUAAGAGUCCUGUCAGCAAAGAAAUACUCGGAAAACUUGAAGAAAAACCCGGACGUUGUCAACUUUCUUCUUUCAAUAUCUGAAGUUUACAACUCUACACCAACCUAUUCGAGAGGACUUUGCGAUCCCGCUCUAGCUUUUGCUAGAGAGAGGCUUCCCGAGUUUCUGACCUCAUCAGAUGCCAAAGAAUGGUUCGAUGAGGCAACCGCUGAUACUCCCGAGUUCAUCAAAGACCUUUUAUAUUCUUUUAUACAAUACCCGCUGAUGGGUUAUUGUAGUGAUUGUGGCAGAGCCAACCCAGUACCGGUUGAACCUCUUCAAUGUCGAUGCAAACGGUGCGGCAAAGGCGGUGCGAGCACAAAAUGCCACGUUAGAAUUUCCGACGUUAGGCGUUUCCUGUAUUACAACGAGCCAAUAAUUCAACAGAAAAAUGGCAUAGCUAAACACGUUUCGCCUUCACCUAGAGACUGUGAUAGGAGAUGA